CCAAAUCACAAUCCCACUAAACUACAAGUCUACGACCAUCUCAUGUGCCCAUACUUUCCACUACGUCCUAAAAUUUUUCCCCAACAACUAUAGCCUACCGCCAAACGAAGAAAAACAGAGACUAGAAAUCGUCCGUUCCUCUUCCACCUUGCUCCUUCGCAUAGUUGCGUCUGAAUGGUCUGAUACAUCCGCGGUCCGCCUUAGCUUCAUCCACAACUCCAGACUUCGUGCUCAGCCGUGUCCCUCACGUCUGGACUCUCCCGUCCUCGCCACGCCGCGGCCCGCCCUAGGUUAUUUCUCUCAUCUUCCGAACUCCAAAGGCCGGUUGCCUAUUUCCUUGUUUGGACAUGCGGACACGUGGUGGACGUGCUUUGUAUGCACCGAAUCGACAUACCUCUCAAUCUAAAGGAAGGAAUAACUUAUCAUCACCCUCAUCAAAUGGUGAACGUGCUUUGUAUGCACCAAAUCGACAUACCUCUCAAUCUAGAGGAAGGAAUAACUUAUCAUCACCCUCAUCAAGUAGUGCUCUCAAUAGAUUUCACUACUCAAGUGGGGAGGUAAGUACAUCACAAGUUCCAAGUACUCCUACAUCACCGUGCGAAUCGAAUGGAGAGCGGUCUGUUGAAACAAAUCUUUUGCCUUUCCCAUUAUCUGACAUGCACAGUCGAAAGACUCAUAGCGAAAUCAAGGCAAUCAUGAGAUCUAGUUUUCAUGGACCAUGGAGGUCUUAUAAAAAAGUGCCUAUAGCCGAAAGAGAUCAUUGGUUUGAUGAAUUCAGGGUGACUCAUAUAUUUCCGGACUCAACAAAAAAACAGUUCAGAGACUUAUUUGACAAGUAUGGUAGUCAAGGCCUUAAGAAGAUGUUACAAGACGCACGAUGUGCUAAAAAACCACCAAAAUACAUAGCUAAGAACGAUUGGAAAGAUCUUCAAACAUAUUGGGCUUCUCCAGAGUUCAAGAAACUUAGUGCCAAAGGGAAAAAAGCUCGAUCUUCUGAAUUGUGCAGAAACAAUCCAUACUGUGGAGGAUCAAUCACUACCUUUGAUCAUAGGAAGAAAUUGAGAAAAAUACUUGGUAGGAAGGUUCUCAUGAGGGAGAUCUAUGAUGUGACAUGGAAGAAGAAAAAAACCCGCGAAUGGAGUGGCCCGAGGCUAAAGAUGUGCUAUGAAAAUUUUGUAGCUGCAAGACAAAGAGCGAGAGAGAAAAUUAGUGAUCAUUCACAACCUAUAGAUGAAGAUGGAAUCUUUCUAGAGCACUUUGGAUCUCCCACGUGUGGUAAGAUAUUUGGCGCAGGGAGUCUUUUGAAAGAGGUUCAAAAUAAACUACGUGGCAACACUACUACUCCAAUGCAUUGUGAAGAUUUACAAGAGCUACUUGAUGCACGUGUCAAAGUUGCAUUUAGUAAUACUAUUCAAGACUUAGAAGGCCAAGUUCAAACCAUAGUCCAAGCUGCCGUUGAAGAAGCCGAUAGGAGAUGGGUUGCUCGAUUUGCUGAAUAUCGUAACUCUUUGAGCUUGUAUAACCCCAGGUUUUCUAUGGCAAGUCAAGUUGCUUCGACCCAGGCUCUAGCUCCAAAUACUUCCACAACUCCAUUCCAACAAUUUCCAUUUCCACAAAUGACAACACAAGGCCAACCCUUCCCGAAUGACACUAUGACUUUUACUGAUAUGAUGAAUUUCGGCUCAUCCUUGUUCUAUACACCUUCUAGAAACUGAUUUUUAAUUUAGCACUUGUAUUUCUCUAGGAUGUGAUGUUUUUGAAUUUCUUGGUUUUUGUGCUUAGACAUCGUCUUUAAAUUCUUGUAUCUCUAGAAUGACGAUUAAUUGCUUUUAGUUAGUAUUUGUUUACUUUGAAGUUACAUAUUCUCCAUGUUCUAUUAAUG